CGGCCUUAGAUUAGUGCGCGAUUAUGGUUGUCUUUCGCAGAAGAUAACUGCGGUAACUGGAAGUGAAAAGGACAAUGGUAUCAAGUACAUUGUUGAUCAGGCAUCUGCCAUCCAGCCUCUCGCCUACAGAGAAGGAUGAUCUGUUACGUCACUUUGGUGCUGUCAGCGUGAAGCUCAUGGGGGCCACUGGUCCGAUGAAACAUGCCGCAUUUGCAGGAUUCACCGACAAUCCCCAAGCUGCCAAAGCUCUUACAAGGUUGCAUCAGCUGGAUGUCCUAGGAUCGAGACUGAAAGCAGAAUUUGCUAAAGAGAGCCUUGCCCCUGACAGAGUAAAACCGGAUCAGCCUUGGCCCAAAGAGAAAAUAGAAGACAAUGAUUUGAAAGCAAAAGAGGCCAUUGUUCCCCCGUCCUCUGACGAUGUCUUCCACAAGUGGAGCAUCAACUACCCUCGCAACCCACGGCUUCACUACAUGUACCCCCCACCCACAGUGUCCAUCCUCACCAACAUUGCUAAUGCUUUAGCAUCUUAUCCUAAGUUUUAUGUUCAAGUGCUGCACCUCAUGAACAAGAUGAACAUCCCUGCGCCUUUUGGCGUCCUCACUACCACACCACCCAUCCCUGCAGAUUUGAAGAAUCAAACUCAAGAAAAGACAUCUGCCAAUAUUUCCACAAGAUCAUCAAGCUCUGAAUCAGAAAUAGAGAGUGGAGGUGAAGAAAAAUCUCUUGAUGUCCAUGUCCCAAAUCAGAUUUAUGCAAGAAAGAGAAAGAGGAGUCACAAGAAAGCCCGGCUUAUAAUACAACCCCCAUCAGAGGUGACCGCUCAAUGUCCUGUUCCUCCCGACCAGAUCGUAAAACCAUCGGAGGUCUUUGAACAAGUACAAGACAAACCUGCCCCGAAGAAGAUCCAGUUGAAGCUUCCUCCAUUGGUGUCUGCCACAGUGCAAGAGGAAGCUGGUGUGGCCAAGAUGGAUGCCACAGUGGCAGCUUCACGCCUGGUGCCAGAUGAAGAGGCAGGAGGCUUCGGGAGGAUGGAACCUGUCCAGAAGGAGGUUGAGGACAGUGCUCCUCCUGAAGACGAUGACUGGGUUAGACGCGGCUUUGUUUCCCUUGAGGAGCUGGAGAGAGGCAGAUUACCAAAGUCGGAACUCAAAGAAGUUUCUGUUUUCAGGAGGUAUGAGAGAGGAGAGCCAAGCUGUCGAUUGUAUUUGAAGAAUCUUGCCAAACAAGUAACAGACAAAGAACUGCGGUUCAUCUAUGGUCGUUUCAUUGAUGUGACCAGUGAACAAGAGUUGAACAUAUUUGACGUGCGGCUCAUGAAGGAGGGGAAGAUGAAGGGUCAGGCGUUCAUCACGUUUCCAAGUGAAGACAAAGCCAUCCCUGCCUUGGAACAAACAAAUGGGUACAUUCUUAAUGGCAAACCAAUUGUGGUGCAGUUUGCUAGAUCAGCUAAGCAGAAGUGAGGAUUUGUGUUGAAUAUUUGUUCAUGUAUUAAUAGUAUUACAUGAUCAUUUUGAAAUUUU